AUGGAUUCAUCUCCACUGUUUAUCUGCCUCCUAGUUUUCCUGUUGUUUCAAAUGGGAAAAGGGUUGGGGAACGGCAGUUAUCUGGAGCCAAGAUUGGAUGCAGCUGCUGAAUCCUGUCCAGAUGAUUACUACUAUAAUGAAACUAUCCAAGCCUGCGUAUCUACAGACACUACUAGCUGUACCAAUCACCAGAUCGGCAAGUGUCCGAUGACUACAGGUGUGGAUGAGUUUUGCCUGUGCAAAGAUAAGCACCUUCAGAUCUGGAAAUGUCCCGAAGGAACCUACUUCGAUGCCAACCGAUUGGUCUGCCGUGUGGGAACAGUUGAGUGCCAGGAGGACUAUGCUGCAUCCGCAUGUCCCAACAGCACGGCAAGCGAUGUCUUUUGCCUCUGCAUCGAUGGCAAAUGGCAACUUAACUACUGUCCCACGGGCUUUACCUUUGAUGACGAGUUGAAGAUUUGCCUGAACACCGGAUCUGAUGACGGCGAGUUGCCCAGUUCGUCUGGAAAGUGCCAGCGGCUUGGAUUGUUUGGGGAUCCCGCCGACUGCUCUGGGUACUAUCAUUGUCGCGAAAAGGGCAGUGAUAUUGAGUAUUUCAGAUGCUCCGUAGGAACCAUCUUCAAUCUAAUUUCCUUUGCCUGCGUUGCUGGAGCUUGUUGACCCAACAUAUUAUAGUUAUUGCAGCUAGCCUAUCUUGGAAUAAAACUGAUUAGCUUGAAACUAUUUUCAAUGAA